AUGAUGCGACGUUUGCAGUACGUUCACUGUCCUUAUUGGCUAUGGCCUUCGGUGUCCACAGCAGGAUUUCCUCAGUAUUCCUUACACCGCAGAGUUUCAUCGGGAGGAGGGAUUGAGAAGAAUAACUCCAACGUGAUUCCCUUGUUGAGGAUCCCGAGCGCAUCGAAUCUGGUCUUGAACGCACCUACGAAUAUCCAACCUUACUUGCGUCUAAUGCGCAUCGACAAACCGAUCGGAACGUGGCUACUUUAUUGGCCGUGCACAUGGUCUAUCGGGUUAGCUACGCCAGCAGGAGAGCUACCUUCUCUAUACUAUCUAACACUUUUUGGAGCUGGUGCACUACUAAUGCGUAGUGCCGGCUGUGUUAUCAACGACUUGUGGGAUAAGGAUUUCGACAAACAGGUUGAACGCACAAAGAUGCGGCCCUUAGCAUGUGGAGCACUCACUCAAAGGCAAGCAUUGGCUCUCCUGAGCGGUUUGUUGUGUGCAUCUUUCUCAAUUCUGAUGCAGAUGAACUGGUUUAGCGUGGUUGUUGGUUCAACUUCAAUGCUUCUUGUGGUUGGGUAUCCAUUGGCGAAGAGAUACACUUACUGGCCACAGUUUAUCCUGGGAGCCACCCUCAACUGGGGUGUGUUGAUUGCGUGGGCUGAGAUGAUGCCUCAAGAUCAGUUUUAUACCGUAUUUCCGCUGUACUUCGCUACAGUGUUUUAUACUGUAAUAUACGACACAAUAUAUAGCCAUCAGCACUUAGAUAAUCUUACUGCAGGACUCACGUUCAACUGGGGUGCUCUUCUGGGCUGGUCUGCUAUUCAAGGGUCGCUUAGCAUUGCGCCGGUCGCCCUCUAUCUAGCCGCCCUUCAGUGGACUCUCAUCUACGACACUAUUUAUGCACAUCAGGAUAAAGCAGAUGACAUAAUGAUAGGAGUGAAGUCUACUGCUUUACGAUUCGGAGCUGCAACAAAGUAUUGGCUAGGCGGCUUCACUAGUGUAACAGUUGCUGGUCUAGGAAUUGCUGGAUAUUUAGCGGAGCAGACGUGGCCAUAUUAUCUUGCUUUGGCUGGUACAGCAGCACAGCUAACAUGGCAGGUCGGAACUGUCAAUAUCGAUGAUACCAGUGACUGUUGGCGGAAGUUCAAAUCCAACCAAUGGAUUGGAGCUGUUUUAUUUACUGGAAUAGUCGCCGGCACAUUUUUAAAACAAAAGAGUGAAGAACAACAUAUGAAAAUCGAUGAAACAGAUGAAUUUUGA